AAGGAAGAGGCGGAAGAAAAUGCCGGUGAGAGUUGUUGAGAGCAACACGCCUGCUCAAGUUUCAGGAACUGAUCCUGGGAAUCGAUCACCACUUCCGCCUAGCUCACUUCUCGGCGCUGGCCAGGCAUUUUCUGGUACGCAAAAUGUCUCUAAUCAACAGAAGGAGGAAGCUUGGAGAGUUAACGUCCAGAUACAGGGAAUUGACCUUGAACAUGGUUAUCUUUGUGGUACCAUGGAAGCUCUAAACGUUCCCAUGGCAGACACUCCUGUCAUAACAUUCUGGGAAGGGGAAAUCGUUGAUGGAAAGAAUUAUACUUUUUACACCGGAAAAUGGGAAGCCACGAGGGAAGAUGAUAUGAGACAUUGGUCAAAGUUUCCGUCUUUUUCGCCUCUUCAGGGACAAGUUGAAUCUGAUGGUGGCAGGCAAUUGGAUCUUAACAAUUACCCUUAUAUAUUUAUGAGAUGGAAAGAGCAAUACUUUGUAAAUGUUGGCACAGAUUGUGGACUAACAAUAGCUGGAUUUUACUACGUAUGCUUCUCCUGCAGCGACGGAUCCAUCAGCGGUUUCUAUUAUGAUCCAAACAGCAGUCCGUUUCAGAAGCUGGAGCUGAAAACAGUUAACGAAGGAAGAUCUGUGGAAGUGGAAGUGGAUAACAACAACGAGAAGCAAUCUGAGAUUAACAGUUUCCAUCACAUGAUCAUCAGUAGUAGUAAAAAUGUGUUGAAAAUGGAAGAAGAAGUUGAGGUGAGCAAGAAGAGGAAAUUUCAGACAGAUCAAUCUGAUGAGUUAUCAUUAUUACCUCUUUCGAAGCACGUUUGUUUCGCCAAUGUCGCUUGUUCUGACAAUACCAAUGUCAACUCGGAGAUUGAUACAGAGUAUUCAAUGUCUUAUGUGAACUCAACAACUUCAAUGGAAUGUAACAAUGAGAUUGAGAUGAAAGAGGAAUCAUCUGGAUCAUGCGGUGAAGACAAGAUGAUCUCUUUCGAAAGCCAUCUAGAUUAUAUCUAUGGGACUCAGAAUCUAGAGGAUUUUUCAGAUAAAGUCAUUGAAAACAUUCUCUAUCUCGAUGAACAAGAAGAAGAAGAAGAAGAAGCUAAAGGAUGUAGUAGUAAUGCUGCUAAGUUUGUUCUGUCCUCUGGGAGAUGGACUGUUAACCAAGAUUCUUCUACUAUACAUGAGCCAAAGAAGCCAACCAUUGAUCAGGAAUUUGAACAAUACUUCUCAACGCUAAUGCUGUGACGAAAUGAUGUUAAGACUUAAAAUAUAUAUGAAGAUAUGCACAUAGAGCUGUACUCAUUCUGUUUUGAUUCUUGUCAACCUUAAAACGUUCAAUUCAAAGUGAUUAGAUAGAGCUUCUUUGAAAUGUUUCUGAACAGGUUACAAAUAAAGCAACAAAAAUAAAUUUGCAGCUCUAUA